AUGGAGUGUGGCCCAUUUCUGCCAGACAGCCUGGUGUUGGAGAUCUUCCUGCGUCUGCCCCAUGAUGCCGUGCUGAGCGCUGGUCUGACCUGCAGACAAUGGCUGGCCGUCUCCAGAGAUGAGUUCCUUUGGAGGGAGCUGUUCUACAGCUACUACCGCAUACCACGCUCUGUACCCCGACACCCAGCGGCUGUGUCGUGGUACAGGGAGUUCAAGCGUCUGUUUGACUGUAUCCCCUGUGUGGAGGUUCAGACGCUGAAAGAGCACAGUGACCAAGUCCUCCACCUGGCCUUCUCUCACAGGGGUCACCGGUUCUCCUCCUGCUCCAAAGACUGCACUGUUAAGCUAUGGGACACGGAACGGCAAGAUGGUAAUAUCUCGCUGGUGCACAGCUCCAGCAUGCGGCAGUUUAACUGGGGCUACACCCAGUUCUCCCAGUUCAACGCCGACGACACCCUGCUGCUCGUGUCUGGUGUCUACCUGGGCCCACACCACUCAUCGUCUGGGGAAAUCGCUGUCAUCAGUAUGGAAAAUUACUCGCUGUUGUCACGUGUGAGGAAUAAGCCAUACGACGUGUUUGGCUGCUGGCUGAACGAGACCCACUUGAUUUCUGGGAACCUGCACUGGAUAGGCAACCUGACGUCCUGCUCUGUGCUGUGGCUCAAUAAAGCCUUCCAGGAUGUUGAAUCAGAGAACGUCAACGUAGUCAAGCGCCUUUUCAAGAUCCAGAACAUCAAUGCCAGCACCAUCCGCACAGUGAUGGUGGCCCACUGCCGUCGUCACGACAACCCGGACCUGCUGCUGGACUACGAGGCUCAGUCUCAGGCUCGAAGGCAGAAAGGGCAGCAGCAACAGCAGCACCAGCCCCUCCUCUUUGACCUGGGAACCUCCGGCAGCGAGGAAGAAGAUGAGGCAGAGGAGGAUGAGGAGCGCCAGAGGGAAGAGGCGAGGUGUUCCGGCCUCCCCGCUGGCCGCCUUCCUCAGCCCACCAUCACAGGGCUGGAGCACAUUAUACAGAGUUGUAAAAAUAUAAAGAUCCAGGACCUGGAGAUUGAGACCCAGGUGGCUCAGAUGAUGGGCAGAACCUACACAAAGGCCCCUGACUCCAGCCUCAUUGAGCCCUCUGACCCUGGUGAGGGAGAGGACAAAACGUACUUACUCUUCACCACCGGCAGCCUUACAUACUCCCCUCACCAGAUAGGUAUUAAGCUGAUCAAACCCGACCAGAUGACCACUUGUGGUCCAGUUCUCGGGGAAGAGCGGAGUUCAGAGGAAUUUUUUGAUUCCCUGGACCAUGUCAUUGAUAUACAUGGGCACAUCAUUGGUAUGGGCCUUUCUCCAGACCACAGGUACCUUUAUGUGAAUAGCCGGGCAUGGCCUGCCGGGUGUGUGAUCUCCGACCCCAUGUCCCCUCCUCCCAUUGCAGAGGAGAUAGACCUGCAUGUGAUCGACCUGAAGAGUUUGAGGGAAGAGAGAAGGAGCCUGCGUGCCCACCGAGCCUUCACGCCUAACGACGAGUGCUUCUUUAUCUUCCUUGAUGUCAGCAGGGACUUUGUUGCCAGUGGAGCAGAAGACAAACACGGCUACAUCUGGGACCGUCACUAUAACAUCUGUCUGGCACGUCUGGCACACGAAGACGUGGUGAACUCGGUAGCGUUUAGCCCCGCUGACCAGGAGCUGCUGCUGUCUGCCAGCGAUGACUCUACCAUUAAGGUGUGGCGCUCGCCGCGCAUGGUCCGCCUGGCGCAGACCCCCGCCAGGCCAACGAGGCCCCGCAGCCUCCUGUCGUCCUGGCUGAGCCGCAACAAGAACUCAACGUGUCCUAGCAGCGUCAAUGGAAAACCAUGAGUCAGGUUGGGAAACACUAGCAGUGGGAGGGAGGGAGUGGGGGGAGGAAGGUUUGAUCUUUUUCCUCUGUGGUGUGAAUAUAUAUAUAUAUACACUCCAUGUAUAUGUACAGUGUGGUUACAGUCAGUGGUUUUGCUUGAGCUCACGGUGUUGUGACACACAGCAGUGCUUGGUGUCUUACAGUGUAAUUGGAGACGGGACGUGAUGUGACUCAGGGUUAGACACAAGAGGGCGAUGUUGCACCAGCAAAAGGAGAGAAAUCAGCACCGACUCUGUUGAGACGAGUGAUAUGACGUGUUCUCACAGAUAGAGAUAGUGUAGACCUGACACCUAAAUGCACAAGACAGGCAUCCAAACAUGUCCCCCAAGAAGAUGUUUUUUGUCUGUUUUUUAUCUGUAACGUUGAGUCGGAACGGGUCAGACACAGGACUCCUGGAGGUGUAAAUGUGUGUAAAUGUUCUGCAGAGAUGGGACCCAUGAUCGCAGUGCUCAUGUCCUGCUCUUCGGAAGCAAAGUGCUGUAACUGAAGAAUUAUUUCAGAAAAUGUCUUACUAAUGGAUAUGUCCAAUUGAUGUCUUGAGUGUAAACACAUCAUAAACCCUGUUUUCGGAGAAUUAUAAAACCAUUUAAAACCAAAAGGGAAGAUGACCUUUAGCUGCAUUUACUGCAGUCUGCCUUGGUUUUUAAUUACCCCCCAUCCCAUUGCUUUUGUGCCCCAGAAAUGGUCGAUCAAUACCCUAUUGAACGUAGCAUUAUUGAGUAAUUUAAUAUAGAAGAGUUGUUGAAGAACAGUUGGCGUGAAGCAUGACUGAGCAAAAAAAAAAAAUGUUGUUUGUGUUAGUUAACUGUUAUUUGGACCUAUAUUAUGUAGACAUGUAUUUAAACACCUUUAUUAAUUUGUAGCACAAAGCUGCACCCUUUCAUUUUGUCAAAAGACUCGCGUCAGGAUGAAUCUCAAACAUGUAUGUCUCCUGGAGUCUUUUUUAAAAUAAAAAAUAAAAAAUACAUUAUUUUCUCAUCAUUAAAUGUGACAGAAGCAUAUGAACCACCUAGAGCCGUCUGGAAUACAACUAUAACUAUACACAGCUACCCUUUGGCCAUUUUAAUUUCACAGUUAGCAAAUUGUUCCUGUCUGUCAAAACAGAAUCACCAUCCUCCAAAAUGUGUCCUGAGACGCAUUCUUUCUUAUUAAACUGCGCACAUUAGAUGCACUGUUGAACAACCAAUGUUACAAUACAUAUUUAUAUCCAUUAUAUCCCAUUCAAGACAAAUAUUGCAUGUUUUGGUCAAUGUAAGGAGGUUGAGGAGGUAAUCAUUAUUUUAAUAUGGCCCAAAUUGUUGAGUUCACUAACUUAAAAAUGAAAUAGAAAUAAUAUUCAUUAAAUACAUUUGGUAAGUAGUUUUUUAUUCAGUUUGUAAUUCUGUUGAAAGAACAGAUUGUCUUAGAAUAGAACAGCCAACAAUGCAACAAUACACUACAAAGUGCACAAUGAGCUCGGAAGUGCAGCAAACUUCCUGCCGCCUAUAUUCAAAUGCCCAAUAAACACACGUGUGUUUUUGCAACCAGUCUGUGUUUGUGUGUGCAGUGGUUAGCCCCUUACUUUCUUUACUAGUUUUAUCGCUCAAGAGCCGGUCUAAAAAACAAAAAGUAACACAUAGCAAAUGAACCCUGAUACUUUACAUUUCAGUUGCAGUUUAACCAGCGAGGCUUAGGUACUUUACCUGGUAGAUGUUUGUCUUUCCCUGCUGUAGAUGAGACGGAUUCUACAUAUUAAUCAUGAUUUUGGGAUUUUCUCGUUUCCUGAACUGUCUGGUUGUGUUUGUCAUAUUUUCUUGAAACUUGUGUCAAUUAGUCAGUUCACCAGCUGACUCUUGCCACCAGCUGACUCUUGCCACCAGUUGAACAGUAUUUUCCAUGUUUUGAAAUGCGUGUAAUAAGUCAUGAACUUUCUCCGUAGUUCCCUUUGACAACCUUGUUAACUGUAGCAUCUUUUUCAUCAUGUUCCCCUGUCCUCUAAUGUUAUUUUCAAACUCCCCUGAAAUAAAAAGCAUGCCCUGAAAGGCCAGAAGUCUG